UAUAACUUUUUUUGGUUAAUAAAAUGGGUUUUAUUUACAAAAUAUUUGUCUGUAGUUUAUUUGUUUGCAUUUCAUACACACCGAUGACAUAUAGUUUGUGGCGCUCGGAGUUUGUCGAGUGUCGACAUGAAGGUCGACCUCAACUGACAACUAUUUCAUGUCUAUCACCUGAUCUGUUAUAUUGUUGCUAUAAUAAUAUCGAUGAAGAUAUUAGUGAUAAUAUUGAGACCAUUGUUGAUAACAAUUAUACGGAUAUUAUUGGACAUCACUGUUGUUCGUUAGACAAGUUUCUCAAUGAACACAACAUUUUGUUAUCAGUUAUUCAUAUAUUAGUUUGGAUUAAUGUAAUAGUUUUUGUCAUUUUAAUAGUAAGUGCUUUAUAUCUAUUUUAUCACUCAAUUGCAAUAAGAGAAGAGGAAAAAACAGAAUUAGUGGAGACUAUAGAAUUGAUUGACGGAAAGGAAAGCAAUAGUUUAUAG